AUGCGUCAGCUCCAUGACGCGAUUUUGGCGCGCGUCGCGGACAGUGGUUCAGUUUCAGUGGCGUUCACAGUGAUUUGUGGAGUGCAGCAGGGCUGGGUGCUCGCUCCCACCCACUACACUCUCAUGUUUUCUGCCUUGCUGAUGGAGGCUUACCGUGAUGAGCGCCCUGCGGCCAGCAUUGUUCAAACUACAGGCGACGAAAUUCUCGACGUCCUACUCAUGCAGGCCCCGAAGCUUCUAUCCAAGACUACUGUUCCCGACCUGCUUUACGCGGACGACUGCUCGUCCAACUCCGCGACAGAACUGGGUACGCAACGGGCCAAGUUGCCUCCGUCUAACCCUGAACACGGGCAAAACGAUGAGCAUACACCGGCCGUCACCUGA